UCAGCUAAAAAUAAAGAUGAAAGUCGGGCAACACAACUUCUACGGAAUAUGAUGACUCAAACUUUUGUAUUUCCUGUAGCAUCAACUAUAGCAUUAACAAAAGUACCUGAGGAACCAUUGCCACUUUUAAAGGACCUGCCUGAACCAAAUGUUGUUAAAAUAUGUAGAAGAAAGCAAAGUUUUCCCACUAAAUCAGAUUGUAUGGAAACCCCAGUGGCGGUUGAAGGAUUAAAAGAUAAAAAGAGCCAGAAAUGUAGCAGUACAUCAGCUUUACCUACUUCUCAAAAGGAUAUGUCAUGUUCUAAUUGUGGUACUUUGACAACAACAAUUUGGAGACGUAGUGUAAGGGGAGAAAUGGUUUGUAACGCUUGUGGAUUGUAUUUCAAACUUCAUGGCGUCAAUAGACCACAUUCUAUGAGACGUGACACUAUUCAUACUCGGCGCAGGCGUCCAAAAGAGUGCGAAAAAUCUAAAAAAAGGAACAGGUCAACACCUAUCAACACAAUAGUGGAUUAUGAGACGGAUAAUAUAAAUAGCCCAGUAGAAUGCAAAAAAUUGAGAGUGCCUCUGUCCCAGGAGACGUCAACAUAUUCUGAUUUAGUAUUUAAGGUAAGUA